UAUACCAUAUAAGCAAACAUGCAAACGCUUCAUCAACUAUUGCAGCAGCAACUUAUGAUACUAGAGUAAAGGGGUUUUAUUCAAAAUUCAGCAAAAUCAUGUCUCUUUUUGGACUUGGAAGCAGAAGCCAGAAAACAUUUCGUCCGAAGAAGGGAUCUCCUUCAGGAAGCAAGGGAGUGCAACUUAAGAAGCACAUUGAUGCCACCUUGGGCGCCGGCAACUUGAGGGAAGCUGUAAAACUUCCUAUUGGGGAGGAUCUCAAUGAGUGGCUGGCAGUAAAUACUGUCGACUUUUUCAAUCAAGUAAACAUUCUUUAUGCAACUCUGACUGAAUUCUGCACACCAUCCACUUGUCCAACGAUGACGGCAGGGCCAAAGUAUGAAUACAGAUGGGCUGAUGGAGUCACCAUAAAGAAACCCCUAGUGGUUUCUGCUCCACAAUAUGUGGAGUAUUUAAUGGACUGGAUUGAGGCUCAGCUUGAGAACGAGGCCAUUUUCCCCCAGAAGUUCGGAGUGCCAUUUCCACCCAACUUUCAGGAUGUCGUCAAGACCAUACUGAAGCGGUUGUUCCGUGUGUAUGCUCAUAUCUACCUCUCGCACUUCCAGAAGGUUGUGAGUCUGAAAGAGGAAGCUCAUCUCAAUACUUGCUUCAAGCAUUUCGUUCUGUUUACAAAGGAAUUUGGCUUAAUUGAGAAGGUGGAGCUCGCACCUCUUGAGGAAAUCAUCGAGUCUAUCUUACAACGCUAGAUGAGCCAAUGACAAAGUGGUAGAAGGAAGGAUUUAGCGCUGUAUCAACUAGUUGGAAGUGUGUUGGCUUGUUUAAGUCUUAUCAUUAUUAUUGUUUUUAAUGCUGAACCAGCAACUAUUAUGACUAUCAUUUGGUUGAAUGAAUGUUGUGUGUGACAUGCUACACCUCUCUUGCACUCAUUUUAUGCUUGUAUAUUGUAUUUUUG